AUGAGUUUCAGCGUCACAUUCAACCACCUGGAGGAGAGGAUAGUAGAGCGCGGCGUGAAUGCGAAUGGGAAACGUUUCGAGCGCUUCGAAUACGACAACGGACAUCGGGGCAAGCGGACGUUCAAGUAUGACUCUCCCCCGAGAGGGCUGACGCCAGACGACGGGCAUGUCCGAUACGAGAACGCGCGCGGCGGCGUAACAUUUACCAUCCGACAGGUUGGCGGACCUGAGCGCCAGAUUCAGUGUGUGGACGAAUGCUUCGGUCCCCCGGAUGAGGACGGGUACGACGUGCACUUCUGCGGCGUGCCCAAGGCCAUCGCGAAUCGGCUCGACCAUCCCGUCUGCUUCCCGCAACCGCCUUGGCCACGUUACAGGCCGUAUCGGGUGCCGAGGUCUCAGGUCGGGCACCGUGGCCGGGGUGGCGAGUGGGUGAUAAAGCACCCGGAGGAGACGAGCUGGUACGAAGAGGAAGUGGCUGGCGGCGUCGAGGGAGGGUGGGGUGGUAGGUAUGUGCUCUGGGACGAGAGCAUACUGCCCCCGGAUUAUGGAUAUGACGAUCAUGCGAGCGAGGAGGAAGAGAGCCAGUCUGGGCUGCAGCUUGAGACCCCGCCAGCCUCAGGCUCCACAACGCAUGGUGCCCACCUGCAGCGCACUAUUGCUGUUGCAGCCUGCGCACUCGAGGAUGAGGCGAGCGACAACGACAACAAGGCCAAGAGUGAGAGCGAAUGCGCGAGUGACAGUGGACCAGAGGAUGACACGGCCGCCGUGGCUGCCGAUACUCCAGGCGAUGAAGCGACAGCAUCCCCAAGCCUCGUUCAUACAGCCGUCGUAACGCAGCGCAAAAGCCGAAAGCGAACGAGUUAUUCGGCGGAGCUCGAUGAUGCUAUAUUUGAAGCGCAAAUGGACAGCCCCAACUUCAAUCCCGACGACUACUGCUCGCACAUUGGCAGGAGGUUUGCCGACAUGCCGCAGGACUUCCAGGACAGAUACCGACAGAGAAGGAUAGACCUCCGAAUCAGGCAGGAUGCUCUGCGUCGGAGCAAUGUCUCGAUGUGA